AGUUGGCCGGAGAGCUAGCUGCUUCUGUUUUUUAAUGAUUUUUAUCCCGAUAGUUCAUAUUUAUCAUAAACUUCCCUUGAUUCUUCGUUGGCUUUUAAUUUUUGGAUUCUGAAACCCCUUUUUCCCUUUCUCUAUAUUUUCCAUAUUUUGGAAAUUCUUUUGCUGGACCUUUCUUUAAGUAACUUUUGGAGUUUGUGUGGAUUCUCGUGGUUCUAUAUUUAUUUUUUCCAAUUUUCUUUCUUAUUUCGAAAAGAAAAUCUUAUAUGUAGAUCUUACGUUGUGUGACUGGUUAUACAUGUAGGUGAUAAUUCCAUAUGUUCGUAGGCGAAUUAAUGUAUUCUACAAAAGAAAAUAUUAAUAGUUGGUUCAAUUUGAGUCGAGUAGAACGAAUAUAGAGGAUUCUUGUAACCAAUUUGAAAUAUUAAUUGUUGUUGUACACUUGGUAGCCACCAAUUCAGCUUGCUUUCAUUUUAUUUGAUCUUUUCACCUUCAUACAUGUAUCUUUCUUUGGAUAUUAGUUGCGAAAUUCCAUGGAAACUUUUAUCAGAACAUCAAAUCGAUGUGUUUUUAUUUUAUUUUAUUUUAUUGUCUUUUUUAACUAAGUUCUACGUGCUGACCAAGUGGACCAACGUCAAUGAUACAUUCAAAAAAAUUCUUUAACAGCUUCCAUGAACUUUCUCCUUUUCAUAUUGGCCAAUCCUCCUAAACUUUGAACUUAUUUUUGUUCUAUCCUAUACCCAUACUACACCUCUUCCCCCUCCUUCUCUCUCCCUCAAGUUACAUCCUUUAUUUUACAGAAGAGAUAGUGAAGAUGGUGGAGAAGACAGAUAUGGAAUUUAAUCCAGAAGAAGUGAUUGAGGAAUUUGAGGCGUUGACCAAAGACGCUGGUAAAGUUCAACAAGAGACUCUUAAAAAGAUUCUAAAAGAGAAUGGAGGCACAGUGUAUUUACAGCAAUGGGGUCUAAAUGGAAGAACUGACGCUGAGUCUUUCACAGCUUCUGUUCCUCUUGUCACUCACAAAGAUUUAGAGCCUUACAUUCAAAGAAUUGCUGAUGGGGAUCUUUCCCCUCUUCUCACUGGAAAACCUAUUACAACCAUUUCAUUAAGUUCGGGUACAACACAGGGAAGGCCAAAGUUUGUACCUUUCAAUGAUGAAUUGAUGGAAUCCACUAUACAGAUAUACAAAACUUCUUUUGCCUUUAGGAAUCGAGAAUUUCCAGUUGGGAAUGGGAAGGCUUUGCAGUUCAUUUACAGCAGCAAGCAGUUCAAGACAAAGGGAGGUUUGGCAGCUGGAACUGCAACUACCAAUGUAUAUCGUAAUGCACAAUUCAAGAAAACAAUGAAGGCAAUGCAAACCCCAUGUUGUAGCCCUGACGAAGUUAUAUUUGGUCCUGAUUUUCACCAAUCUUUAUACUGCCAUCUUUUGUGUGGGCUUAUUUUUCGGGACGAAGUGCAAGUUAUCUCCUCUACAUUCGCCCACAGCAUUGUCCACGCCUUUAGAACUUUCGAACAAGUGUGGGAAGAACUUGUUGUAGAUAUAAGAGAAGGAGUCCUCUCUAGCCGAGUCACUGUCCCCUCCAUUAGAUCAGCAAUGUCGAAAUUGCUGAAACCUGAUCCAGAACAGGCUGAUAACAUUUUUAGAAAGUGUUCGGGAUUAAGAAAUUGGUAUGGUUUGAUUCCUGUACUCUUCCCAAAUGCCAAGUACAUAUACGGAAUCAUGACGGGGUCUAUGGAACCUUACCUCAAGAAAUUGAGGCAUUAUGCAGGGGAGCUACCAUUACAAAGUGCAGAUUAUGGGUCUUCUGAAGGAUGGAUUGGAGCAAAUGUCAAUCCUAAGUUGCCCCCUGAGCUAGUUACUUAUGCUGUUCUUCCUAAUAUUGGUUAUUUUGAAUUCAUUCCUCUAAGGGGGAAUUUAGACGGCCUUGAGCCUACACCACUGGGUCUUGCUGAAGUUAAACUUGGUGAAGAGUAUGAAAUUGUUGUCACCAAUUUUGCAGGGUUGUAUCGUUAUAGACUCGGUGAUGUAGUUAAAAUAAAAGGAUUCCAUAAUGCCACACCAGAACUGCAGUUCAUUUGCCGCAGAAAUCUUUUGCUAAGCAUUAAUAUUGACAAGAACACUGAGAAAGAUUUACAGCUAGCCGUGGAAGCAGCAGCUAAGCUCUUAGUAGAUGAAAAGUCAGAGGUAGUCGAUUUCACGAGCCACGUGAAUAUUGCAGCUGAUCCAGGGCACUACGUGGUUUUCUGGGAACUAAGUGGUGAAGCAAGUGAUGAAACAUUGCAAGAAUGCUGCAAUUGUUUGGACAAAUCGUUCAUCGAUGCAGGCUACCUGGGCUCUCGGAAGGCUAAUGCCAUUGGAGCGCUUGAGCUUAGAGUUGUGAAGAGAGGAACAUUCCAUAAGAUAUUAGAUCAUUUUGUAGGAUUAGGGGGUGCUGUUAGCCAGUUCAAGACCCCAAGAUGUGUUGGUCCAAACAAUAGCACACUGCUGCAAAUACUGUGUAAUGAUGUUGUUAAGAGCUAUUUUAGUACUGCCUUCUCUUGAUGCUGAACUUGAAUUUUGCUUUUAGUGAUGUAUUCUUAAUAAUUGUACAAAGUUGAAGGGUUGUUCGGAAAAGAAAAUGAAGCUUAGUUGUUGGAUUUUGUUAA